GCAGAAGAACACCCGCGUUAACGCUCUUCGUUUAGCUUCCUUUCCUUUCUCUCUCUCUCUUUCUUUCUCUCUCUGUCCUGUAAUGUAAAGUGAAGAGAAGACGGCUGCUGUUCGAGCUCGCUCACAACUGACUUAGUUGUUUCUGAGGUUCCGCUUCUAAAAUUAAUAGACGAUCGAUGGCGAAUAAUCCAGGUGAAACCCCUUCCGACGAUUUCCUUGCACAGAUUUUAGGAUUUCCAGGGUACGCGACCGGCGCCGAGGCUAAUUUGCUCGGAAACGAAGCUCCAUCGGCUGCGAUGAUGUUACAGCUUGGCUCGGAUGAUGGCUCUGCUCACCUUGGGGGAGACGGCGGACUCAGAGUUGGCAUGGGUGGCGGUUAUGGAGUUGGCGGUGGUUUUCCGCUGGGGUUGAGCUUGGAGCAUGGGAAGGGAGGAGGUUUUCCCGACGCCUCAGGGAGUCGGAAGAGGUUUCAGCGUCAUGAAGUUAUUGAUUCCCGCGCUUCUUCUGUUAACGCUGACUUCCAUUCGCAGCCGAUGGCAAAUACAGUUCCUGCAGCGCCACAUCCGCCAGCGGUUAAGCCAAGAGUUCGAGCGCGAAGGGGCCAAGCAACAGAUCCACACAGCAUAGCCGAGAGACUGCGUCGAGAGAAAAUUUCUGAAAGAAUAAGGGCACUGCAGGAGUUAGUCCCCAGUGUCAACAAGACAGAUAGAGCAACUAUGCUUGAUGAAAUUGUCGAUUAUGUGAAGUUCUUGAGGCUCCAAGUGAAGGUGUUGAGUAUGAGUCGUUUAGGCGGAGCUGGCGCCGUGGCGCCAUUGGUGACAGACAUCCCAAUUUCAUCAACAGAGGAAGACGGAAACAGCUGCCUUACCACUCAGCCAGCCUGGGAGAAAUGGUCGAACGAUGGCACAGAACAACAGGUGGCAAAGCUCAUGGAAGAAAACGUUGGGGCUGCUAUGCAGUUUCUCCAAUCCAAAGCUCUCUGCAUCAUGCCUGUAUCCCUUGCUUCAACGAUGUACCUCACACAACCUACAGACACCACUACAUUCGUAAAACACGAAUCCAACCCCACGAAUUGACAGGUUUGCUUGCUUAAUCCCUUCCCUCUCAAAUUUUUUUUUAAGCUUCCUAAUGUUGGUUGAAAUCUUAGUCAUACCACGCGCUUCCUGCUUUUUUAGCUUUAUUUUUUGUCUUUAUUCUACCUUAAUCAAGGCAGGGUUUGAAGUUUUGAUGUCCCAUAUCUAUAAUUUAAUGGAAACGUACGCCUCAUGUCCUUGCUAGAUUCAUGCGGUGUAGGAAAUGUCAAAGAUCAUGUUUUUAAUUUACCUUACAAUGGUGGGACAUAUGGUAGGCUGCUGGUGGGUGAUGAGAUCAUACUUAUAGUGCGGUUUGUGGUGGAUUAUGGGGCCCUCUUAUAUGUGUUAUUACUAUUAUUGUGUAUAAUAUAUAAUAAUAAUAAUAAUAAAAA